AUGUCCAUACUGUUAGGUGCUCUGAGGGCCUGCGUGCUACUCACCCUAGGCGCAACCAUCCAUUAUGGCUUUUGUAUGUACCGUAAUGACCAAGCGGCGCGCAAGAUUGGUGUGCCAAUUCGCAUAAUCCCCAUCUGGCUUGUGGUUGAUCGCUGCGUUUUGUUCGUUCUCAAGCGGCUGCCAGAAUGGUUUGGCAACAACGGCUUUACAAGAUACAAUUACCGAGGAUGGGAGGUGCCUGAUAGAUACUUCUCACACCAGAAAUCUGGAGAUGCCUACAUUUUGGUGUCUUCUGAGAACGCAUGGCUUUAUAUGUCUGACCCCGAUGCCGUCACCGAUAUUGCCCAGCAGGGAUAG